GGGGCCAGACGGGGCAAGGCGGGGCCUGCCGCGCGCGGUGUCUCCAGCCCGCUAGGGUUGGGGUCGCGCUGAAUUUCGGACUGGGCUCCCCUCGGGUGGCGGCCAUGGAGGACGAUCGGAAGGACGCAGUGUAUGGGACGCCGCAUAAAUACGACCCCACCUUCAAAGGACCCAUUUACAACAGGGGUUGCACAGAUGUCAUUUGCUGUGUGUUGUUCUUCUUGGCCAUUGUAGGCUACGUGGCUGUGGGCAUAGUAGCCUGGACCCAUGGAGACCCUCGGAAGGUGAUCUACCCUACUGAUAGCCAGGGCCAGUUCUGUGGGCAAAAGGGAACAAAAAAUGAGAACAAACCCUUCUUGUUUUACUUCAACAUUGUGAAGUGUGCCAGCCCCCUGGUCCUGCUGGAAUUUCAAUGUCCUACCCCUCAGAUCUGUGUGAAGCAGUGCCCGGACCGCUAUCUCACUUUUCUGAAUGCACACAACUCUCAUGACUUUGAGUAUUACAAACAGUUCUGCAUGCCAAGCUUCCAGAACAAUAAAGGGGUGGCCGAGGUGCUCCGAGAUGGGGACUGUCCAGCUGUUAUCAUCCCCAGCAAACCUUUGUUCCAGCGGUGCUUCCCAGCCAUCCAUACCAACAGAGGGGUCCUUAUGGUGGGCAAUGAGACAACCUAUGAGGACGGACAUGGCACCAGGAAGAACAUCACGGAACUGGUGGAGGGUGCCAAGAGGGCCAACAUGGUUCUAGAGGCUCGGGAGCUUGCCAUGCAGAUAUUUGAAGAUUACACUGUAUCCUGGUACUGGAUUGUCAUAGGUUUGGUCAUUGCCAUGGUUCUGAGUCUGCUGUUUAUCAUCCUGCUGCGAUUCCUGGCAGGCAUUAUGGUCUGGGUGAUGAUUGUCAUGGUGGUCCUGGUACUUGGCUAUGGCAUAUUUCACUGUUAUAUGGAGUACUCAAGACUGAGGGGACAGGCGGGCUCUGAUGUUUCCUUGGUGGACCUUGGCUUCCAGACGGACCUCCGAGUGUACCUGCAUUUGCGGCAGACCUGGAUGGCCUUCAUGAUCAUUUUAAGCAUCCUAGAAGUGGUUAUCAUCUUGUUACUCAUCUUUCUUCGCAAAAGAAUACUGAUCGCCAUAGCCCUCAUCAAAGAAGCCAGCAGGGCUGUGGGACAUGUCAUGUGCUCCAUGCUCUACCCCCUGGUGACGUUCUUCCUCUUGUGUCUCUGCAUUGCCUACUGGGCCAGCACCGCCGUCUUCCUGUCUACCUCUAAUGUAGCUGUAUACAAGAUUUUUGACGACACAUCCUGCCCACUUUCAGGAAAAACCUGCAACCCAGAGACCUUCCCUUCAGUGAAUGAGAGCCGCCAGUGUCCCAAUGGCCGAUGCCAGUUUGCAUUCUACGGUGGCGAGUCUACCUACCACCGUGCCCUGCUGGGUCUGCAGAUCUUCAAUGUAUUCAUGUUCUUCUGGCUGGCCAACUUUGUGCUGGCACUGGGCCAGGUGACCUUGGCCGGAGCCUUUGCCUCCUAUUACUGGGCUAUGCACAAGCCUGACGACAUGCCUGCCUUCCCCCUCUUCUCUGCUUUUAGCCGAGCGCUGAGGUACCACACGGGCUCCUUGGCCUUCGGCUCACUUAUCCUGGCCAUCGUGCAGAUCAUCCGAGUGGUGCUGGAGUACCUGGACCAGCGUCUGAAAGCUGCACAGAACAAGUUUGCCAAGUUCCUCAUGGUCUGUCUCAAGUGUUGCUUCUGGUGCCUAGAGAAGUUUAUUAAAUUCCUGAAUAGGAAUGCCUACAUCAUGAUUGCCAUCUAUGGCACCAACUUCUGUACCUCAGCCAGGAAUGCCUUCUUUCUGCUUAUGAGGAACAUUAUCAGGGUGGCCGUCCUGGACAAAGUCACCGACUUCCUCUUCCUGUUGGGCAAACUUCUGAUUGUGGGUAGUGUGGGCAUUCUGGCCUUCUUCUUCUUCACACAUCGGAUCAGAAUCGUGCAAGAUACAGCCCUGCCUCUCAAUUACUACUGGGUUCCAAUACUGACAGUGAUCAUUGGCUCCUAUAUGAUCGCACAUGGCUUCUUCAGCGUCUACGGCAUGUGUGUGGACACAUUGUUCCUCUGUUUCUGUGAGGACCUUGAGAGGAAUGACGGCUCUCUGGAGCGACCCUACUUCAUGUCGCCCGAGCUGAGAGACAUCCUAUUGAGUUCGCAGGCGGGCAAGCAGGAGGAAGUUGAGGAGGAGUAGAGAGUGAGGGAGACUGGCAAGCGGGCCAGGGGGCCUCUGGAGACCGGUGGAGGAUCUGGAAAGAAAUGACGGUUCAGCUGAGAGGCCUUACUUCAUGUCUUCCACUCUCAAGAAACUCUUGAAUAAAACCAACAAGAAGGCAGCAGAGUCCUAAAGACAUCUGCCCCUGGCCUCUCAGGAGCUGCGAUCCGGUGCUUGCUAAGUGUUUGGGUCAGAGUCCCCAGCUCAUUGAACUGCCUAAAGUCACAUCACUGCCUCUCUGCUACCCUCCUUGAGUUCCCAUUUCCAGGGACCCAGAGGAUUUGGGGCAUUGCUUCCUAUGCCCAAGGGCACUUGAGAGCUUUCAGUGGCGCCCUGGAAGAUGGGACAGAAUGGGUCCCUCCAGUCCUCACUGGCAUAGAUGGUGCCAAUAUGGUGAAGUAACUUGUCUUCAAGGGUGGGAGAUGGCCCAAGGAUGUCUGCAGCAAGUUUCUUUGUACUUCUGUGCCCCUUCCAGCCAAGAGGGAAAGACUGGAUAAAAGAGCCUCUGCAAGUGGGCUCAAUGAACCGCAGCUCCAAGCAACCCCUGCCUGCUCCAGCCAGGACAGAAUUGGAUCUCCGUGGGUGAUUCAGUCCAAGGGGCAACAAAUGCAUUUCUCAUCCUUACUACUUUUAAUCUAGACAUACAUACAUAAGGGGUCUAUCUGCUUUUAUUCCAUCAGGCUCCACAGUGAAUGGAGCCACCGAGUGCCUUCAUUUGUAGCCCCACCUCCAGCCUGGGGGUGGCUGGGGUCACAGGAAUGAGUGUGUACCCAGAACUGAACGAGUCCUCCUGAUAGGGAGACAGGGUGGGGAAGGAGGGCCUGAUGCAAGGUUGGAAGUGGUUCUGGGGAACAAGCCUCUGUGGUUAGAUACUCCAGAGUGGCCCUGGCUGAUGGCUUCUUAAUGGAAAGCUUGAAGGAGGACAGGGCCUGCCGCCCCGCCCCUUUCUCUGCUGGUAAUCCACACUGCUGUUUUUGUAAGAUGAAAGAAACUUAAGUUCCCUCAAGGGAUGGUUUCAGGGUCGAGGUGGGUGUGCUGUUCCUAGCUAACUAGGCCUGCCUUGUUCUUUCACCUGACACUAUAAUCUUCUUGCCAAACUUGUUGACUGACUCUCCACCUACCUGUUGUAUGCUCAGACUGGCAUAUCACCCCUACUCUGCUUACCAGUAAGAUCCCAGGGUCUUGGACACAGAGGCCCCCAGCCUAGGGUCCCUUGGAUUCCUGUGCCUGCCUUGUAUGUGCCAUCCCACUUGUCUUUUUUCCUGUCUGCCCAGCCCUAUGCUUACAUAAUUGCAUUCCAACAUUUAAUAAAGUGCCUCUUGUACAGAC